CACGCAGGUCGAGUUACAUUUGGUGUAUUUCUGGCGUUUGCUAGCACAAAACGACAAUUUUAACUUUUGAGUCCAUGCCGUUGAUAUGGAUAAGCAAAAUAGRCAUCAUAGGCUGAAAUCGGAGAGUUCUGACGAGGAGGAAGACUUUGAAAGUGCAGACGAAGGAGAAGAAAACAACGACCCCUCUCCAAAUCCGCCAUCUUUGAAAGCCACGUCACCCGAUGAUAUCAAAAAUUCCACGUCGAAGACUCAUGUAACUAAGGAUACAUUAACAGAGAAACCACCAAGUAUGGCUGCAAACCAAGAUGGCUCUCAUGCAACCUCUGAAUUAACAGAAAAAUGCAUUGAAAAUGYUCAUCCWUGUGAGGAUGUCGAGACCCACGAAAAGRGCACCKUSGCUGAGUGCUCCAACCAAGAAAUUUCGUCAGAAUCUGGCGAUAAAGUUGAACAUGAAGUGGUAAAUGAAGAUGGAAGUCUACUAGAUGACAAAGACGAUUCAGAAAUACAAUUCAAAAACGACAAGAAAGAAUGUAACGAAGAAAUUUGUGAGCCAGAAAAACCCCARACAGCUAAAGACAAUGAUGGUACAGACCACAAAGAAGUCAUUAUUGAACGUCAACAAGAUCAAACAAAUCACGAAGAAAAAGUCGCCCAAGAUGAGAAGGCUGCUUCUCAAAAACAAUUGGAUCAGAAGCAAGMCUCAGGGCCUUCUCUAGAGAGUCAAAAGAUUGACACAGAACAACAAGAAACAACUAACCAAAGUUCCUGGGGAUGGGGAAGCUGGGGUUCCWUGUUAUCACAAGCUUCAGCAGGAUUCUCAUCAGUUCUUGAGACAGUCGAAUCAWCUCUUGGUAUCCCUGAACCUGAAGAGAUUGCRAAAAAAGUUGCUGAAGAUGAGAAGAGURAGCAAACAACAGAGACAGUUAUUGCAGAGGAGCCAAAAACCUCUGAACCCAAGACACAAGAACCAUCACAGGAUGAUAGYGAAAAAGCAGACAGUGGCGAAGGUUCAUUCUUUUCAGUUUUUGGAGUCCCAGGUUUGGGAAGUGUGGUGUCUGAAGGACUUGGAGCUUUGGAGUACAUUGGUAAAAAGACAAUGGAUGUGAUCUCUGAUGGAGAUCCUGGAUUAAGGAACAAAAGAGAACAACUUAUGCCUAAAGGCCCAACACUUUCUCAGAUGUUGAGAGAAGCUAAGGAAGAAGCAGAGUACAAAGCAGCACAUCCUGAUUAUAAAGAAUCAAUCAUGAAUGUCAAGUUGACUACAGAAUUUGAUACAUAUCAAGGAUUAGCACACUUAGAAGCUUUAGAAAUACUUUCAAAGGAGUCUGAAGUUAAGGUUGAAACACAUAUCAUUGACUUAACAAAGGAGGAACUGGUUGCCAUAAAACCCUUGCUGCGGACCAUCCAGGAAGUUGUACAGAUUGAAGAUGAAGAAGAUGAGAAUGAAGAAGAACAAGACUUUGAUACAGAAAUCACUUCCAGCCUAGCUGAACUUCAUCUUAGUCACGUACCAAACAAAACAAAAAGUGUGCAUACUAGAAUAAAGGAAUGGAUUGAUUUAUGUCUUACUGAACAAACUGAAAAUCCUAAAUGCAAAGAUCAUGUAGARAUAUACACUGCAGCCAUYUCAGCAUUAGCUGAGCUUACUGCAUGCACUGUUGAACAGUUUCACAAGAUUGCAGAAGUUAUGCUUCUCCUUGCUGAGGAAAGUGAUACGUCUGCUUUGGUAAGGGCACAAUCUCUAAAGAAAUUAACUCUGUGUGUUUGUAGAGAGGUGUCUAAUUUGGCCAGYAAAUAUGCUGCAGCAUUGAGUACGCUGUCUAAAGAAAGUGAGGAUCCUGAGGCAGUGGAAUCAUUGAUUACAACAUUGUACUUAGAAUCUAGUGAUAGCAGUCGUUAUGUACAGCAUGCUUUUAAGCUGUUGUGUCCUGUUUUACAGCAGUCAUCUUUGUCUGAAACAGACUCUAAAGCAAGUUGAUUUUCGAAAAACAUCCAGACAAACAACCCUGAUAAACAAACAAGCAAAAAACACAAUGCUACCCAUUCAACAAACCAACUACAGACUUACAACCCUCUGCUUACAAAACCAAAUAUGUCAGAAUGAGCAAUGUCAAAAAUCCAAUGAAAUAGAUUUUACACUAAUACACCCUAGUAGAGUACAAACACUAAAAGAGUGCAACACUUUCCACUAUUUACUUAAAAUAGUACUAAUCAAGCAAUAGAAAACAAUAGAAUUAGCAUAGUUUAGCAGUAUUUAGUGGUAUUUAUGUUGCACAGUUUUAGUGUUUGUACUCUAUGCUCUAAGUAUGCAUUAUUUGGAUAUGUUUCAUGGGUUUAAUGACCUCACUCUAGCUAAUCUGAAGUAGAGAAUAAGAUUUAUUGGUUGUAGCACAAUCUGGAUUGCAAAAUGCAAGUGGGAUUGUGCAAUUUUAAAUGAUUAACAGCAUUUAUCUAAAAUUUUAUGGUAGGACUAUUCAAGUUCUCACCAAAAGAAUUGAAAGGAUUCAUUAUCCUUUUAUUGCCAAGGUGCUAAACAAUAAAAUGGUAUAUUUGUAAUUUUUUUAAAUGUAUAAAUUAAAAUUGCAUUAUAAUAAAGAUAGUUAUCUUCACUCA